AGUCGUCAGUUGUUUAAUGGCAAGCACGAAGAGCAGUUGUGAAUACUCAAUGAAUAUUUAGAGAGCUCAUUAACAUUUUUGUCAUUAGGCAGAUAAACAAUCAAGAGUCAAAAGAACGCAUUUGCUUAGCUGCACAUUGGCAAAAUGAGGUGCCUGGUAAUAUUCGGACUGAUUGUAGGCAUAUUUGCCGCCAUCGUUGGAUACGCUUAUCUCGUUUUCACAGACCUGACACGUCCACUGCCCAAACCCGAUUACAAUGACAAUACCUACUGGGGACCUGGCGAUGGCAAGAACUACGUGCCCGAUACGAAAAUCAAUGAGUUUAAACUGAAUGUACCCCAGGCAGAGAUUGAAGAUUUGCGACAGCAGCUAAACCGCACAUUGAAAUUAACUGAACCCUUAGAUGGCAUUGCCUUUGAAUAUGGCUUCAAUACAAACGCACUGGAACAGUAUGUGGAAUACUGGCGCGAAAAGUAUCUAACCAAAUGGGAUGAGCGUCAGGCGUUUCUCAACUCACUGAAGCAAUACACCACCGAGAUUCAGGGCUUGAAAAUUCACUUCAUACACGAGCGCGUUUCGGAGGAAGUUGCGACCAAGAAGCAUGUGUAUCCACUCUUGCUGCUCCAUGGCUGGCCGGGUUCAGUGCGUGAGUUUUAUGAUUUUAUACCCAUGCUGACCAAGAACCAAAACAUAAGCGACUAUGCCUUUGAUGUUAUUGCACCCUCGCUCGUCGGCUUCGGUUGGUCGGAUGCUGCCACUCGGGUGGGCUUCAAUGCCGCCGAAAUGGCCACCGUGAUGCGUAAUCUUAUGCUGCGACUGGGUCACAAGCAGUUCUUCGUACAGGGCGGCGAUUGGGGCAGCAUUAUUGGCAGCAAUUUAGCCACACUGUAUCCGGAGAAUGUGCUCGGCUAUCACUCCAACAUGUGUGUGUUGAGUACGCCCCUCUCCUUCCUCAAGGGUAUCUAUACGAACUAUUUUCCCCAGAAAGUUUUGGUGUCCCGCAUGUUCUACGAUCACCAUGUCCCAAUGUGGGACAAGUACCUCGAUUUGCUAAAGGAGAGUGGCUAUUUUCAUAUACAGGCCACCAAGCCAGAUACGAUUGGUGCCGCCCUUGACACUAAUCCUGUUGGACUGGCCGCCUACAUUCUGGAAAAGUUCCAGACCUGCAGUGGACCCAGUCUGAAGCAGGACUUUGGCGGCAUUGCCACGGCCUUUGGCCUGGAGGCUGUGCUCGAUAAUCUGAUGAUAUAUUAUCUAAACAACGCAGCCACCACCGCAGCCCGCUUCUAUGCCGAGAAUGUGUCCAAACCAUAUCGCGAUCUCCAGCUGGAUCGCGUGCAGACGCCCGUGCCCAUGGGCUGUGUCCGAUUUAGAUUUGAUCUGCCUGCUGCUUCGCUAUGGCAAUUGAGCGACAAGUAUACCAAUAUUAAGCGCAACAUGUACUUCCAGCAUGGUGGUCACUUUGCUGCCAUGGAGAUGCCAUCUAUGUUGUACAAUGAUUUCACCGCAUUUGUCAGCAAUGUUUAUGAAGAAUAGAAUAAACAGGGAAAGUGCUUUUGAAAAAUGUUAAAACUGUUGUGGCUCUCAUAGAGUUUUCAAUUGUGUACAUUAUUGGUAAUUAAAAUAAUAAAUUAAAGAUUUACAGAUUA